AUGCAGUCUUGCAAGUUCCAUUCAAACAUGGCAAUCUUCGUUUCUCGCUCUGCUCUUCUUCUACCGUUUCUUCCCAUCUUUCUCAUGUUUAACACUGCAAAUUCUGAAUCAUUCAUUGGCGUGAACUAUGGACAAGUCGCUGACAACCUACCACCGCCGUCGCUGACGGCGAAGCUACUCCAAUCGACGUCGAUCGGAAAGGUCCGGUUAUACGGGUCCGACCCGGCCAUAAUCAAAGCUUUGGCAAACACCGGAAUAGGAAUCGUGAUCGGAGCCGCGAACGGUGACAUUCCAGCACUUGCCUCCGACCCCAACUUCGCCAAAAGCUGGAUCAACUCCAACGUUGUUCCCUACUACCCCGCCAGCAACAUCAUUCUCAUCACUGUCGGCAACGAGGUGAUAACCUCGAACGACCCGAACCUGAUGAACCAGAUGUUGCCGGCGAUUCAGAACGUUCAAAACGCCCUCGAUGCUGCUUCUUUGGGAGGCAAGAUUAAGGUCUCUACGGUACAUUCGAUGGCGGUCCUGAAGGACUCUGAACCUCCUUCCGCUGGAAGAUUCCACCCUGGUUUCACCACCGUUUUGCAGGGCUUGUUGUCGUUUAACAAUGCCACUGGUUCACCCUUUGCCAUCAACCCUUACCCUUACUUUGCCUACAGAAGCGACCCUGGUAGAGCAGAUAACCUUGCCUUCUGCCUUUUCCAGCCUAACUCGGGCCGACUUGACUCAAACACCAAUAUCAAGUACAUGAACAUGUUCGAUGCUCAGGUGGAUGCUGUUCGAUCUGCGUUGGAUUCGAUGGGGUUUAAGAAUAUUGAGAUUGUGGUUGCGGAGACAGGGUGGCCCUACAAAGGAGACAACGAUGAGGUUGGUCCAAGUCUUGAGAAUGCCAAGGCUUACAACGGUAAUUUGAUUGCACACUUGCGAUCUAUGGUUGGGACCCCACUGAUGCCAGGGAAAUCAGUAGACACAUACCUCUUUGCAUUGUAUGAUGAAGACUUGAAGCCUGGACCUGCUUCUGAGAGAGCCUUUGGGCUUUUCAACCCUGACCAAUCCAUGAUCUAUGAUGCUGGCCUCUCCAAGCAGCAAACUAGUAGCCCUGUGCCACCCGUUGUUGCACCGACUACUCCGGAUGUGUCAAAUUCUACCAUGACUCCAACGCUGACAGUUCCAAGUCCAACCAAAACAAAUAAAAGUGCAACAUGGUGUGUGCCAAAAGGCGGAUUAACAGAUGUGCAGUUACAAGCAAAUCUGGAUUAUGCAUGUGGGCAGGGAAUUGAUUGUAGCGCAAUCCAACAAGGCGGAGCUUGUUUUGAACCAAACACAUUAGUAAACCAUGCCGCAUAUGCAAUGAAUCUCUUGUAUCAAUCUGCUGGACGGAAUCCAUUGACUUGUGAUUUCUCGCAAACAGCGUUACUAUCAACAUAUAAUCCAAGUUACAAUAAUUGUGUUUAUGUUGGAGGAAAUGCCUAACCUAAAAGUCAUGAAAGUUCUUAGGAGGGCGCUUUUUGUUAUUUUAUUUAUUCUCUCUUAAUCGCUAAGAAAUGUUCUGGUCCUGAGUGCUCUGUAAUAAGAAGAGUGUGCAUGAAUGGAGGGGGAUCUUCCUCCAUUUCUGGUGUCACAUUUUUAAUGUCUUUGUCAGAAGCAAACUGCUUUGUUAACAAUGUGUGUGAAGCGUGGUUUAGAUAUGUGUGCUGAGUUAUCAUUUGAAAUC